GCCGGCGGCGGCGGCGGUACGAGGCGCGCGCUCGGGGUCCCGGUCGCGAGGAGGAGGAGGAUGUGGCGCGCGGAGGGGAAAUGGCUGCCGAAAACAAGCCGGAAGAGCGUUUCCCAAAGUGUAUUCUGCGGAACUAGCACCUACUGUGUUCUCAACACCGUGCCACCUCUAGAAGAUGAUCAUGGGAACAGCAAUAGUAGUCAUGUAAAAAUCUUUUUACCGAAAAAGCUGCUUGAAUGUCUGCCGAAAUGUUCAAGUUUACCCAAAGAGAGGCACCGUUGGAACACUAAUGAGGAAAUUGCAGCUUAUUUAAUAACAUUUGAGAAACACGAAGAAUGGCUAACCACAUCCCCUAAGACAAGACCACAGAAUGGCUCAAUGAUCCUCUACAACAGGAAGAAAGUGAAGUACAGGAAGGAUGGGUAUUGCUGGAAAAAGAGGAAAGACGGGAAGACGACCAGAGAGGACCACAUGAAGCUGAAGGUCCAGGGAGUGGAGUGCUUGUACGGCUGCUAUGUCCAUUCCUCCAUCAUCCCCACCUUCCACCGGAGGUGCUACUGGCUCCUUCAGAACCCCGACAUCGUCCUGGUGCACUAUCUGAACGUCCCGGCCAUCGAGGACUGCGGUAAGCCAUGCGGCCCCAUCCUCUGCUCCAUCAACACCGACAAGAAGGAGUGGGCAAAAUGGACGAAAGAGGAGCUCAUCGGGCAGCUGAAACCCAUGUUCCACGGCAUCAAGUGGACCUGCAGCAAUGGAAACAGCAGCUCAGGCUUCUCUGUGGAGCAGUUGGUGCAGCAGAUCCUCGACAGCCACCAGACCAAGCCACAGCCUCGGACCCACAACUGCCUCUGCACUGGCAGCUUGGGAGCGGGCAGCAGCGUACACCACAAGUGCAACAGUGCCAAACACCGUAUCAUCUCGCCGAAGGUCGAGCCGCGGACGGGGGGCUACGGGAGUCACUCGGAGGUGCAGCACAACGACGUGUCCGAGGGCAAGCACGAGCACGGCCACAGCAAGGGCUCGAGCCGCGAGAAGAGGAACGGCAAGGUGGCCAAGCCAGUCCUCCUGCACCAGAACAGCACGGAGGUCUCCUCCACCAACCAGGUGGAGGUGCCUGACACCACCCAGAGCUCCCCCGUGUCCAUCAGCAGCGGGCUCAACAGCGACCCGGACAUGGUGGACAGCCCCGUGGUCACCGGCGUGUCCAGCAUGGCUGUGGCCUCCGUGAUGGGGAGCUUGUCCCAGAGCGCCACGGUGUUUAUGUCUGAGGUCACCAACGAGGCCGUGUACACCAUGUCCCCCACCACCGGCCCCAACCACCACCUCCUCUCGCCUGACGCCUCUCAGGGCCUCGUCCUGGCCGUGAGUUCCGACGGCCACAAGUUCGCCUUCCCCACCACGGGCAGCUCGGAGAGCCUGUCGAUGCUGCCCACCAACGUGUCCGAAGAGCUGGUCCUCUCCACCACCCUCGAUGGUGGCCGGAAGAUUCCAGAGACUACCAUGAACUUUGACCCUGACUGUUUCCUCAAUAACCCAAAGCAGGGCCAGACGUACGGGGGCGGAGGCCUGAAGGCGGAGAUGGUCAGCACCAACGUCCGGCACUCGCCACCAGUGGAGAGGGGCUUCAGCUUCACCACCGUCCUCACCAAGGAGAUUAAGACCGAGGACACCUCUUUUGAGCAGCAGAUGGCCAAAGAAGCGUACUCCUCCUCGGUGGCAGCCGCGGCAUCCAGCUCCCUCACCCUGACCGCCGGCUCCAGCCUCCUGCCGUCGGGUGGUGGCCUGAGUCCCAGCACCACCCUGGAGCAGAUGGACUUCAGUGCAAUAGACUCCAACAAGGACUACACGUCCAGCUUCAGCCAGACGGGCCACAGCCCCCACGUCCACCAGACCCCUUCCCCGAGCUUCUUCCUGCAGGACGCCAGCAAGCCCCUCCCCAUCGAGCAGAACGCCCACAGCAGCCUGAGCGACUCCGGGGGCACCUUUGUGAUGCCCACAGUGAAAACGGAGGCCUCAUCCCAAACCAGCUCCUGCAGCGGCCACGUGGAGACAAGGAUAGAGUCCACCUCGUCCCUCCACCUCAUGCAGUUCCAGGCCAAUUUCCAGGCCAUGGCUGCCGAAGGGGAGGUCACCAUGGAGACCUCGCAGGUGGCCGAAGGGGGUGAGGGCCUGAUCAAGUCUGGGGAGCUGCAGGCCUGUAGCUCCGAGCACUACCUGCAGCCCGAGACCACGGGGGUGAUCCGCAGCGCCGGCGGGGUCCCCAUCCUCCCGGGCAACGUGGUGCAGGGACUCUACCCCGUGGCCCAGCCUGGCCUCGGCAACGCCUCCAACAUGGAGCUCAGCCUGGACCACUUUGACAUCUCCUUCAGCAACCAAUUCUCUGACCUGAUCAACGACUUCAUCUCUGUGGAGGGGGGCAGCGGCACCAUCUACGGGCACCAGCUGGUGUCGGGGGACGGCGCGGCGCUCUCCCAGUCGGAGGAUGGGGCCCGCGCCCCCUUCGCCCAGGCCGAAAUGUGCAUCCCCUGCUGCAGCCCCCAGCAGGGGAGCCUGCAGCUGAGCAGUGCCGAGGGCGGGGCCGGCACCAUGGCCUACAUGCACGUGGCUGAGGUGGUCUCCGCCACCCCGGCGCAGGGCACGCUGGGGAUGCUGCAGCAGAGCGGACGGGUGUUCAUGGUGACCGACUACUCCCCGGAGUGGUCUUACCCGGAGGGAGGAGUGAAGGUUCUCAUCACAGGCCCAUGGCAAGAAGCCAGCAAUAACUACAGCUGCCUGUUCGACCAGAUCUCAGUGCCUGCGUCCUUGAUUCAGCCCGGGGUUCUGCGCUGCUACUGCCCAGCCCACGACACUGGUCUUGUGACCCUACAAGUUGCCUUCAACAACCAGAUCAUCUCCAACUCAGUGGUGUUUGAGUACAAAGCUCGGGCCCUGCCCACACUCCCCUCCUCCCAGCAUGACUGGCUGUCAUUGGACGAUAACCAGUUCAGGAUGUCCAUCCUGGAGCGCCUGGAGCAGAUGGAAAGGCGGAUGGCUGAGAUGACGGGGUCCCAGCAGCACAAGCAGGGGAGUGGAGGAGGCAGCAGUGGAGGGGGCAACGGGACUGGGAACGGAGGAAGCCAAGCUCAGUGUGCUUCUAGCCCUGGGACGCUGGGCAGCUGCUUCGAGAACCGUGUGGUUGUCGUGUGUGAGAAGAUGAUGAGCCGAGCCUGCUGGGCCAAGUCCAAGCACUUGAUCCAUUCAAAGACUUUCCGCGGGAUGACCCUCUUGCACCUGGCUGCUGCGCAGGGCUACGCCACCCUCAUCCAGACCCUCAUCAAAUGGCGCACAAAGCAUGCAGAUAGCAUUGAUUUGGAACUGGAAGUUGACCCGUUGAAUGUGGACCACUUCUCCUGUACUCCUCUGAUGUGGGCAUGUGCUCUAGGGCACUUAGAAGCUGCUGUCGUUCUGUACAAGUGGGACCGUCGGGCCAUCUCUAUUCCUGACUCUCUAGGAAGGCUGCCUUUGGGAAUUGCCAGGUCAAGGGGUCAUGUGAAAUUAGCAGAGUGUCUGGAGCACCUGCAGAGAGAUGAACAGGCUCAGCUGGGGCAGAACCCCAGAAUACACUGUCCUCCAAGUGAAGAGCCCAACACGGAUAGCUGGAUGACCCAAUGGCACAGCGAAACCAUCAGCUCUCCAGAAAUACCCAAAGGAGUCACCGUUAUUGCAAGUACCAAUCCAGUGCAGGUGACUGGAAAUCCGAAGGGGACCAGUGUAGGAAAGGAUGCAGCACCUUCACAGGUGCGUCCACGGGAACCAAUGAGUGUCCUGAUGAUGGCUAACAGAGAGGUGGUGAAUUCAGAGAUGGGGUCCUACCGCGAUAGCGCAGAGAGCGCAGAAUGCUCACAGCCCAUGGACGAUAUUCAGGUGAACAUGAUGACCUUGGCAGAGCACAUCAUCGAAGCCACACCUGAUCGAAUCAAGCAGGAGAGUUUUGUGCCCACGGAGCCCUCAGCGUUGGAGAGAGCAGACACUGUAGCCAUCAGCAGUACCAUGAGCUGGCUGGCCAGGUACCUAGCCGAUGUCGAUCGUCUGCCGAGCGCCACCCAGAUCAGAAGUGCAUAUAACGAGCCUCUAACCCCUUCUUCUAAUACCAGCUUGAGCCCUGUUGGCUCCCCAGUCGGUGAAAUAGCUUUUGAGAAACCCAGCCUUCCCUCAGCAGCAGAUUGGUCGGAAUUCCUGAGCGCAUCUACCAGUGAAAAGGUCGAGAAUGAAUUUGCUCAGCUGACUCUGUCUGAUCACGAGCAAAGGGAACUCUAUGAAGCUGCCAGGCUUGUCCAGACAGCUUUCCGGAAAUACAAGGGCCGACCCUUGCGGGAGCAGCAGGAAGUGGCCGCUGCUGUCAUUCAGCGUUGUUACAGGAAAUAUAAACAGCUGACAUGGAUAGCCUUGAAGUAUGCACUUUAUAAAAAGAUGACACAGGCUGCCAUCCUAAUCCAGAGUAAAUUCCGAAGUUACUACGAACAAAAAAAAUUUCAGCAGAGCCGGCGUGCUGCUGUGCUGAUCCAGAAGUAUUACCGGAGUUAUAAGAAGUGUGGCAAGAGACGGCAGGCUCGCCGAACAGCCGUCAUCGUACAGCAGAAACUCAGGAGCAGUUUGCUAACCAAAAAGCAGGACCAAGCUGCUCGAAAAAUAAUGAGGUUCCUGCGCCGCUGCCGCCACAGAGUGAAAGAGUUGAGAAAGGCCAAGGAACUUGAAGACAUACAGCAGCAUCCCUUAGCAAUGUGACAUUGCUUUUCAGACUGUUUUCAUUUCUGUUUUUAGCAGAGACAGCAACGACACGCACACGCACGCACACACAUGCACACACACAAUCCCUCUGCAGUUUUGGGGAGAUCAGCUGCAGGAUUUUAACAGGAAUGUGUUGGUCAUUGCAUCUGCACUUUCAUGGACAACUUUUAAUUUGAUCAGCAAGACAUCUUGGAACUCAAUCUUCUGUUGGAUCAUGGGAAAACAAGACACCACGAGGAAUUGGAAGAGGCUU